UUGGAAGGAAUAACUAUGAUUUCACCUGUAAUUCUCCAAAACUUUUCAGAUAUUGUGAUCCAGGAAGCUAGGACAAUGAUGUAGGGACGUUCUCUGCCUUCCGACGAAGGCUAUGGAGUACAGAAGUGUCGUUUACAAUGCCGCCAGAGACGGCAAGCUCAACAGACUUAAAAUAUUUCUCGACCACAAGUCGAAAGAAGAAGUGGCAAAACUUGUUCACGCCAAAACAAACGGAGCAACUCCUCUGAUAAUGGCCUGUAGAAAUGGUCACCUGGAUGUUGUUAAGUAUCUCAUUAAUACAUGUAAGGUUGACAACGAACAGGUGGGCUCUGUGACGUUCGAUGGUGAAACUAUUGAGGGUGCCCCUCCUCUGUGGUGUGCUGCUGCGGCAGGGCAUCUCCAAAUCGUGGAACAUUUGGUAGACAAAAACGCUGGAGUGAACAAAACAACAUUUACAAAUUCGACACCACUCAGGGCUGCCUGUUUUGAUGGUCACUUUGAGAUUGUGAAAUUUCUUGUUGAGCAUAAAGCCAACAUCGAAAUCGCUAACCGACAUGGUCAUACAUGCUUGAUGAUUUCCUGUUAUAAAGGACACAAAGAAAUUGCUCAGUAUUUACUAGAAUUGGGUGCUGAUGUAAACAGAAAGAGUGUGAAAGGUAAUACAGCUUUGCAUGACUGUGCUGAGUCUGGAAGUCUUGACAUCAUGAAGUUACUUCUGAAGUACAAUGCCACGAUGGAGAAAGAUGCCUAUGGGAUGACGCCUUUACUAGCGGCUAGUGUGGCAGGAUUUUCAAAAAUUGUGGAGUUCUUGAUAACCAGGCCUAUAUGUGAUAAACAAGAAAAAAUAAAUGCAUUGGAACUGUUGGGAGCUACGUAUGUAGAUAAGAAAAGAGACAUGUUGGGUGCAAUAGAGUUUUGGCGACAAGCUAUGGAAGUGCGUUUUUCAGACUCCAGUUCACCAUUGCCAAAACCAAGAUUUAAAUCUGAUAUAGCAGCCUAUGAAAAUGCUAGAGAGGUGACGUCUUUAGAUCAGUUGGACGAUCUGAUCUCUGACCCAGAUGACAUGAGAAUGCAAGCUUUACUGGUACGCGAACGGAUAUUAGGUCCAGCUCACCCUGAUACUUCCUAUUACAUCAGAUAUAGAGGGGCUCUAUAUGCAGAUAUGGGUAAUUUUGACAGGUGUAUAAUGCUGUGGAUGUAUGCUCUGGACAUGCAACAGAAUGUCUUGGAAGCCCUGAGUCCAAUGACACAGAGCAGUUUCUUGUCUUUUGCAGAGCUUUUUUCAUUUAUGACAACAGAAUGGAGGAACCGACCGGCUCACUCUGUCAGUUUUGUUGAUAUCAUGGCUGUUUUACUGCGUGCUGUUAACGAACUAGAGAAGGGACGAGAUCAGUUAAAUAAAGUGGCGGUAACAGAGAGAGAUACAAGUCACUUCAAUAGACUGCUGGUUAUCAUAAUGCACCUUCUGUGUCUUAUGUGUAAAUUGAAGAAGGAAAUGGAUCGUGAAGAUGAACACAAAUUCAAGGAGCUGGUUUACAGACUGGUACGUAUGGAACCCAGAGGAUCUAAAGGAUACACACCUCUUCACCUGGCCUGCUCAAGGGAGACGACCAAUGUUGGACGCUACCCUGUGUGUUCUUUCCCAAGCUCUGAUGUUUCACAGUUAUUGAUUGAAGUUGGUGCCAAUGUUGAUGCAGUAGAUGUGGAAAGAAACUCGCCACUGCAUGUUGCUGCAAGCAAUCGGCCAUGUAAAUCUGAAGUGAUUCGCACCUUGUUGAGAAAAGGAGCUCACUUGGAUGCCUGUAACCUUGACAGAAAGACACCUAUGCAGUUGAUACGCGGCAUGUCUAUAAAUGACAUAGUUUCGCCUCUCAAUUUCUUGACUUUGCAAUGUCUAGCUGCUCGGAAGAUUGUUAAAUGUAGCAUACCUUACAAAGGACAUAUUCCCCUUAAGUUGGAGUCUUUCAUUGAAAUGCAUUGAUGAUGUGGAGUGUUGAUUAAGUUUAGUUAUGAAUAUAUAUAUCUCUGCAUAUUAUUUAUGCAUGUUUUAUGACUGUUGAUGGUAGAUAACCAUUUUGGGAUUAUGUUUCACAAAAGGGGCACUUGUACAUUUUAUUUUAGUCUUGACAGAUAUAUGGAAUCAAUCUACUAUUUUGGAGCAGAAUAUGUUGUAAAAUAUGUAAAAACUUCAGAUAGGAUUUUGUCUGUUUUUGGCUGUGAUUUUACUUGCAUUUAUUGAAAAUUGGUAUUUAAAUGUACGAUUUUCUAAUGAUUCAUUAUAAAUGGUGUUUUUUAACAUAUUAAAUUACACAAAACAUAGUAAUGUAUAAAAAAGUGUCCCUUUUGUGAAGCAUUCCUUUCCUAUUGUGAAUGUUAAUUUUGACUUGCUUGUUGAUGUUCGAAAUAUUUGACUAUUUAUUUAAAGAGUGCACACAAAAAUUGUUGCUAACUGAAAAACCUACUUCAAAGUCAUGCUGUGCUUAUAUUCAGUUCAAUGAUAAUGAGAUAUCUUUGUAAUUUAUCUAUAGGUAAUAGAUAAAUGAAAGAAGACACAUUACAAACAUGCAAAGUAAGUGUUCAGUUCCAAAGUAUUUUGCAUCAAUUUACGUAGUAUUUGAGAUGAAAAGGGUGUUAAUAAGAAUAAGCCAUCUGUAUCAUAAUCAAAUAUAAUCAUGCGUCUAAUUUUUCAUACAUAUGAUUCAAGCAUGUUACUGCACGACUGAUUCAGAUCAAUCUAAAUGUCAGUAUGAAAAAUGAUAUGCUGUACUGAAAUAACUUCUUAUUCAAAAAUUAAAUAAUGAUAAAUUCCACUGUGGUUGAAUUACCAUUUAAAAGCAUAUAGUACAGUAAUUUGUUUGGAAACCAAGUUUUAUUGAUUUAUAAUCAACACAAUAGUGAGAUAUUAGUAUCGUAAUGAGUUUAGGUAUUAAGUUAAGGUAAAAGUCCUGUAUUUAGAUAUUUAGCACUGAACAAACCAUUGAUACAUGUAUGUGUUUCAUGCAGAACAUAUAUAUACCCAGAUCAUUGAAAUUAUAUUUUGUGAGAUGGUUGCUAAUUUUAACAUAGCUUUACAUAUUAUUGGUGAUAUCAACUUGUGCUUUGACAGUUAACCAACUACCCUUUACUAAACUGAUUUUAAUAUUUCUCUAGUACAAUUUUGUCAAAGAUUUUAGGCCAUACAUGUAUAAGCUGCAAUAAUAACGUACUUUUUUUUUACCCCAUUUGAAGAUGGAAGAGGGCUGUAAUCUGAUUCACAUGUGUAACUGAACAUGUAUGAAUUGUGCAAGUUUUCAUUGAUGGUACAGAACUGAGUUACAUGUAUUGUACACACGUACUUCCUCACUUUGUCAGUAUAAUACAUCGAUUUGUCUUGGUAUGACAUCUCUUGUAUAAAGACAUUUGUUCUAUUUCAUAAUUUAUGUUUUAAUCAUCUCAGUUUCUGGUAGCAUUACUGUCUGAAGAUCUAGAAGUUUAGAAUUCCAUGAGUUGUCCAUAGUGGUGCACUGCUGUAGAUUCAACAAGUUUCUUAGGUCAAGGUCAAAAACAGUGUGGGAAUAGUACAGGGUAUUUUAUGGUUGGAUACAAAUUGGGACCCUAUAUAACCAAAGAUUUUAAUUUUAGAACCUGCAAAUUGUUUUGAAAAUAUUUUCUUUGAUAAUUGAAGAAAUACCCUUAAUGAAUUUUUUUUUUUUUAGAAAGAAGAAAAAUAUGGGUGAAUCCAAAGCUUAGUCCUUUUUACUAUCGAAAAGAUAUUAUAAAACUUGAAUAAAUGCAUUUAUUGCAUUAACAAUUUGUACAUAGAGAUAUUCAUUUAAAUUCAAGGAGGAUCACUAAUCUAUAGUCUAUCAUAAGCUCUGUUAUAAUCUAAAAUUGUAUCUCAAAUUCUUGAUGCUGUUUGUUGUUGCACAAAAGUUUAUAUGUAUCACUAUGUCAUACAAAUAUGUUACGUACCAGCUACUUCAAAUUUAUUUUGAAUCAUCUAGUUUCGAUACUUGUAUCAUUGAGUUAUGUAUGAAAUACACAAGUUAUCUAUGGCCUUCCUUGGAACAAAGGAAAUUAUUUCUAUUUCAAUUUUUAUUUGUUUUGGAUUUGAUAUUUGAAAGAUUUGAAAGUAAAUGAAUUUGAUUAUAAAGCAAUAGUUUCUUUGCAAUAGAAAAUUAUGCAGCUAAUGAUUCUGAUUCUCUAGUGAUGUAACAAAUGAAAGCCGAUCAAUGAAAGUUGAUGUCGAUUUUCUUUCCAAAAUGUCCAAGAAAGGGGGAUAGUACAAGAGAAAUAGUGAAAAAUAGCUAGGCUCUAUUAAAUGUAUUGGGAAAUCUGCCUCAGUUUGACUUUAAGCCUUUUAAGAAACAAUUAUGAUCAUCUCCUAUGUGAUGUGAACUGAUAAUAGAGAUGGCAGAGAAUGGAUAUACCAGUAGAUAUCCUUAAAUGCAGUUUCUAUACAGUAUACUUUGCAGUGGAAAACAUCCAACGGUACAAUACUUUAGGGUUUAAUGGGUUCAUUUACAUUAUUUUAUUUAGUACCGAUACAUUUUAAUCAUGAAUUAAAAGAAAGUGUAAACAUAUUGCUACUAGAAAUUACUAACAUUACUCAAAUCUUAUGUAUACUGUAAGAUUAACACACCAGCUCUUUUCUUAUGUAGACUGUUAGAUUAGCACACCAGCUAUGACCUAAGAGGAUACAAAAUAUUUGCUAUUUGCUUUAAUUUGAGAAAUUUAAAAUAUUAGUUAAGUUUGUAAAAUGGAAUAUUUAUGAUUUCAUUAGAAUAUAAUUUAUUAAGGUCUUUUAAGGUGGGUUUUUUUCACAAUGCAACUAUUGCAUACUUUGAUUUUAUAAUUAUUCAUUUAUUUGUGUUUGUAUCUACACAUUCAUGUUUGUUUUGUUUUUGGAAUAGAGAUAUACAAAUAUUCAAUAUUUAUAACAGGCAUCCAUAUCCAUCUUAUCAGCAGUAGAUUCAAAAAUAGUAAACACGUAGAAAAAAGAAAGUGGAAUUUUUUGUCAAUCUGUUAUGUAUUAUUGCUUGUGUUAAUAUUAUGGUUUGUUUAAAAUUCUUUAUAGUUUAAUUUUAAAAUUUGUUUCUUAAACUCACACUGUCUAAAAGUAAAGCUUAUUUUAUUAUCAUUUGUCACAGUAAUGAAGCUGAUUGUAUGUACUGUUGAUAGUAAGUAUAUGGUGCCUGAAAGCAGGAGACAUUCAUAGUCUAAUGCCCUGAAUACCAACAGCAACAGCACAUUCAACUAGCUUAGUUGUUAAAAUUGAUGAUGAAAUAGAAGAAUAAAAUCAAAUGUAUGUACAUUUUAUUUUUGAGUAGAAUUUAUGUGAUGAAAUAUAUUUAUAAGGAAUUUUUGAAUGGCAUAUACCUGGUAAUCAAUGGUAAUGGUGCAUCAUAUGUAGAUUACUAGAAUUUAGUACUGAUGAAGUAAAUGUGCAAUGAAGGAGAUUAUGAUAGUACUUUGUUGUUAGUUCAAUUUUCAGAUCUUUAAUUCCAUCAUUAACUUUUAUGUAUAAUUUAGAUUUGUUAUUCUGUAAAAUCUUAUAAUGUCCAGUGACUAAGGUUUUAGGGAUUUUCAAAGAAAUACUAUUUAUUGAACACCUGAUUUCGCAGAUAAAUGUAGCUCAAUAAAUUUGCUUAUGGUAGAUUUUAUAGAUAGUGAACAUUUGACUUAUUUAUUAAGGGAACCAAUGAAAUGAAGGAAAUAAAACAUCCACCAAAAUUAUUGAUUUCAUAUGUAAUGAACACAGUGGAAGUAACAAAAUAACACCUAACAAAUAAGCAUUUAUUUCCUCUCUUCUAGGAAAUACUGGGAUUGUUGUGGGUGUUUUUGUUUUUUUUGUUUUUGAAGAAAGAAAUCCUUGAUUGGAUCUAAAUUAAUAAAAGCAUAUAACAUAUUAAAAUGUGGUAUGAUGAAGUCUUUUACAGAAUUUCUGUGCAGAAAAUAUUCCAAAUCCCAAACACAUCAUCACCAAAUAACAACAGAUUUAUAGAAAAUAAAAAAAGAUGAAAAAGAACAUAAUUAUUACAUAUUUGAUGUUUGUUCAGGAAAAAAAUUAUGUAAAUGGUUUACAAUCUGAAGAUAAAUUUAUAGUCAAUAUUUAUCUUCCAUAAUUUACUGAACACUAAAAAUGUUAAUUAUCAAGAUGUGUAGACUCUAAUUGCCCUGAUCAUUAGUGUUAACAUUUGAAUGCUAAUUACAUGGCUGCCUAACUAAUUACCUGAACCUAGCUUUAUGUAUAUUUCAUGUUCAUCCUAAACUCCAGUGUUUUCAUCAUCCAAAUAUUGAACCAGACUGUCGGUCGAUUUUACUUGUAGUCAUUUAAAAAAGGUAGAUUAAUGAUAAAACUCAAUGCAGAGUAUCAUUUUGAAUUUGAUGGCACAGAUCAUGAAUAUACUAUGUAUACAUGUGUACUGGAAUGUACUGGGAGAAUAAGUUAUAUUUUGUUAAGAAUCUGGAAAUGUCUUUGAAAAAGUAUUAGUUAUGGUAAUACAAUAAAUACCAGUUUAUAAGAUGUUACAUUAUGAGUUGACUUGAGAUACAACUGAUAUAAAACUAUGUCUGCCUGUUGAAGGCGAUGUUCGUUUUUAUGGUUGUUUGCUAGAUCACGAAGUUCAGUCUGCCGUAUUCUACCUGCCUUUACCUUUGGAUAUAGGAUAUGCCCCCAUCUCUUUAGCAUUAUUCCAACAGUACAGAGACAUAUGAUUACUCUUAUUUGACCAAAGACUUGGAAUUGAUUCUCAAAUUCCAAUAUCUACAGUCUAUAUACUGGAGUAUACCAAUUGUUAUACAGGUCAAUGAGGACUCCUCGCUCUCUCUCCUCUUUUUUUGCUAGAUUUCAUUCAACCCUUCACAAAAACAUCAUGGAUGGAGAAAGAAAACAAGGGAUAUUCUUGUUUUUCUUGCAUAAAACGACUUGAUAACAUUGUGUGGUUUGAGUGUGUUCUUAAAAUGCUGAUAGGGUCACUAAAUAGGUCAUAAAUAUAUAUAUGGUUAAAUUUAUCUCAUUGAUUCGUUAAUUCUUAAUAUUUACAUCAACUGUGAUAUGAGAUUUCUUGAGAAUAUGUCAACUUGCAUGCUUUUGUAUGCUAUAUGUGAAACUGUUCAGAUGUAUUAAACAUUGAAUAAAGAGACAAAAUUGAUUCAUUAAA